AGGUGCGCACAGCUGAUAGCUCUGGCUGGGUCUAGCGCUCGCCGCUCCAUCUUGAGUAGAAUAUAGCUUGUGAACGGUGUGUGUAUAAUUGUGCGACGAAAAUCCGAUGUUUAUAGUUUAAAGUGUAUAAAUAUAAGUCAAGCAAUGUCUUCGAAUAACCAGAAGCAAUCGACCACGCAACGGAUGAUACAAGCGGUACCGUUUCCACCGAGUAAUAAACUAACAGUAGCCGAAGUAUUCGACCCUCGGACGGCGAAACCGCGACCGGAUACGUUGAAGCAACAUUUCAUACUGGAAGGCCGCAUUGAUGAGGCGGCGGCACUACGGAUCAUCAAUGAAGGGGCGGCAUUGCUCCGAGCUGAAAAAACUAUGAUAGACAUAGAAGCUCCCGUCACAGUAUGUGGAGAUAUACACGGUCAAUUUUAUGACCUUAUGAAAUUAUUUGAAGUGGGUGGACCACCCGCUAGUACAAAAUACCUUUUUCUUGGUGAUUAUGUUGAUAGGGGAUAUUUUAGUAUAGAGUGCGUGUUGUACCUGUGGGCACUGAAGUUAUGUUAUCCUACCACCCUUUUUCUCCUUCGUGGUAACCACGAGUGUCGACAUUUAACAGAAUAUUUCACAUUUAAACAAGAAUGUAAAAUAAAAUAUUCAGAACGUGUAUAUGAAGCGUGUAUGGAUGCUUUUGACUGCCUGCCGCUAGCGGCGCUCAUGAAUCAACAGUUUCUGUGCGUACACGGCGGCUUAUCACCAGAAAUACACAAUUUAGAUGAUAUACGAAGGUUAGACAGAUUUAAGGAACCUCCCGCUUUUGGACCCAUGUGCGACUUGUUAUGGUCAGAUCCUUUAGAAGACUUCGGAAAUGAAAACAAUGCCGAACAUUUUUCACACAACACAGUACGAGGCUGCUCAUAUUUCUACAGCUACGCUGCAUGUUGUGAUUUUCUACAAAAUAAUAACCUUCUAUCAAUAAUAAGAGCACAUGAAGCACAAGAUGCUGGAUAUAGAAUGUACAGAAAAAGUCAAACGACAGGCUUCCCUUCUCUAAUUACGAUAUUUUCAGCACCAAACUAUUUGGACGUCUAUAAUAAUAAGGCAGCCGUACUGAAAUACGAAAACAACGUGAUGAACAUCCGCCAGUUCAAUUUCUCGCCACAUCCGUAUUGGCUGCCCAAUUUUAUGGACGUCUUCACGUGGUCUCUUCCCUUCGUCGGCGAGAAAGUCACGGAGAUGCUAGUCAACGUGCUCAAUAUCUGCUCGGAUGAUGAGCUCGUUUCGGAUGGAGACGACGCUCUGGAGGAAGCGAAACAGGCUAAAAUAGUUAUAAAAAAACCUGGUACAGCAGCAAAUCUCCGGAAGGAAGUCAUUAGAAAUAAAAUCAGAGCUAUUGGGAAAAUGGCUAGAGUAUUUUCUGUAUUAAGGGAAGAGAGUGAGUCUGUAUUACAGUUGAAAGGGCUUACGCCAACUGGAGCAUUGCCGUUAGGAGCAUUAUCUGGAGGAAAAACGAGUCUCAAGAAUGCACUGCAAGGAUUCUCACCGAAUCACAAGAUUACCAGUUUCGCAGAGGCUAAAGGUCUCGACGCAAUCAAUGAACGUAUGCCUCCCAGGAAAGAUGCUCCUCCUUCGCCAUCAGCUGAAGAAAAUCCACAGGACCACAAUCACACUCAAACAAAUGCACACUCGUGAGCUAGACUUAGCUAGGACAUCACAUUAGCCAUCUGCAGAUACCUCCUGUGAUGGUUCAGCGAUUCCUAAGCAGUGGCGUUCACCUGAACAUCGUACAUCUUAACUAGGUUAUAGGAUCCAUGUUAUCUCAUCAGGACGACAGGCUCGUUCCAAUAUUCUGAUACAAGUAGCUGGUCUGCUUUCCUUUCUCUCUUCUUUUAUAACGCUUUGUUCGUGUCCCGCUCUUGCACACUGGCUGCGAUAGUAAACAACGUUGUAUCUGCUCCUACUACAUUCCAUAUCUACUGGAACGGAUGCUGCAUCCGUCUGUUACUUGUCAAAACGUCAGUAGCCUUCCUGACCCCACUCGCUGUUCUGAGGAACCAGUAGAAUUUGUUAUGAUUAGAUUAUUGGUGUAUUGAAAUAGAGAACACUGAAUAAAACAAACAUAAUUUUAGUAGUUCCAGUAUAAUCCAAGUAUUUUGUAUAUAAAGUAAAUUAAUAACAAACUUUUGCGCUUCAAAACAGUUGCACAUGAGAAAAUUGUUCAACUUCAAGGUUUAUUAUCUAUUCUAGACAUUUGUCUAUGUAGGUACCUAUUCUUUGCCGCUGUUAGUUCAGUGUUUUAAAUUUUUCUACAUCACAUGACAGAUAUUUCAGUUUUUGAUUCGUUCGCUUUUCCGAAUUUCCCAUUAUUACUAAAGCCUUUUUCUACUUAAAUAUUAAAUGUACCACUGAAAUUAUUGUCCAUGGAAUUAGGUACUGAAUUUGGAACUGAAAUAUUUUUUAUCGAUCUAUGUAUAUUCUUAAAAUCGUUUUAGGCGUAGUCAUACUAAAACUUAAAAAAGUGUGACCAAUUAUGCAGAUACAUAAUAUUUCGUGUGUAAUAUAGGAUUGUUAUUCGUUUUAGAGGGUGUUUUGAAAAUGAAAUUGCUACUUAACAAACUUUCUAUCCAGUAUCUUGAUCUGGAGAUAUCGUUGUAUACAGGUGAUACCUACACGUUCGGUGCCCAUCUUGAAUAAACGCCACAUGGCUGGUACCACCUACUUAAAUGGUUCAUUUAGUACCGUAAUACUAUCGUCCAUACUCGUGCGUCGCCGGCACUCUUUAUGAAACCCUCGUGCCGACACACUGUCGGUGUGGGCACUGAACUAGUUAAACACAUAUUUAGUACCCGGUUCAAAAUUAAUGUCGAACAGAAGUAUGUAACUGUAAAAAAAUAAAAUAUCGGAGUCGCAGUUUUUGGAAUUAGUUGGGAUAUUUCAGAAGUUAGUAGAGAAUUUAAAAUAUUACACCGUAAAAAUAAAAUUAAUAUUAAAGAAAGCAUGCAAAACUAAACAAGACUUACGUUACAAACACGAUUUAUGUUAGCAACAGGAUUAAAGGAUUUUGGGUUCAAAAUAUAAAAAUAAUAUUGUAUUGCAUUUUUUCCGAAGAGAUCCUUUCGGAUUGUUCCGGCGCCAAUUGCAUCUUUAACCCUGUCUGAAGUAACUAGUGGCGAUCUAUCACUAGCCCGGGGGACCGACGGAUUAACGUAUCCUCCGAGGCACGGUGAACGGCUCUUAUCAUCUUUAGAAAUGAAAAUGUCGUUGUUGUUGCCGAGACUCGAACUCUUGAUCUCUGGCUUAUGAAGCCAGUACCUUACCGCUGAUCUACGGUCGUUCACUGGAACCAAAAGACUUAAACAAAGCUGUACAAUGAUAACCUAAACUGACUUUUCUUCAUUAUUCGACUAUGUAUUGGCUAUCAUGCACCCAUAUAUUGUUGAGACCGAUAUUUUUUAAAAUCCUUAUGUAUGUGUGCUUGCCAUGUUUAUUUGGCACGUUUGCUUUCAAUGUAUACCCUAUAUUCAGCCAAUACUUGUACUAGCAAUAGUCGAUGUUACUAUUAAUAAUUGUGUUUUUCGCAAUGCUGACUCAACGGUAAGUUAUAUGGAUAUCUAUCUUACCGUCCAUUACAUAAAACCGUACAAAAACUUAACUGUUCACAAGUAGUCCACCUGUAGUCGGCUGUUUAUCAUCAAUAACAACAAUUUAUUAAAAAGUCCGUUAAAAUAGUUAUGUUUAUUUAAAAGACCAUUUCGGGCUAGAUCACAUAACGUUUUCGGAACGGAAAUUCCAUCAUCGUUGCUGCUUACAAGCUACACAUGGUUGAGCCACUAACAUUAUCUAGGUGAAUUCCUUUAAAUGCAAUAAAGUUAUUAUAAUAUUACAUUGUUGAAGAUAAUCGUAUGUGAUGUUUAAAUUUUUAUUUGAAUUUACAUCAUGACAACGCAGUACUCCCAACUAUAGAGAGGUUUCUCUCAGAGCCAGCAAUCUACAUAGUUGUAGUCCUGCGUUGCCAUGAUGAAAAAUAAGGUAAACGUUUAAACAUCACCUAAGAUUAUCUAGUACUGCGUUGCCAUGAUGAAAAAUAAAGUAAACGUUUAAACAUCACCUAAGAUUAUCUACAACAAUGUAACCUUACAAUAACUUUACACCAUUUAAAGGGUUUUAUCCCAGAUAUUUUAGGAAUUGAUGAUGGAAUUGUCAUUCCGAAAAUAUUCUGUGAUAUAGCCCGAAAGGGUUCUUUUUAAUAAAUCUUUUUAAAGGAUUUGUUUGAUAUUUUUUUUAACGAACUGUGUAUAACUUACAAAAUCUGAAAUUAUUUUACCUCAAAUCACAUCACAUUACGUAAUAUAAGAUCUUAAAAUUAGUAGUAAUUUAAAUUUAGCAAAUGUCGUUUUCAAAGCGCCCCCUAGAGUCGAUCAGCAGUGUGAAAAUGCGAGCAGAACUGGCUAGUCGCACGUGUUAAGUGAUAUAAGCGUGCCAUAUACCCCACCUGUCGCCACUGUUUUACGUCAUUUUUCAUUCUCAUAUAUUGUUCUCCAUUGAUGUUCACCCGCCAUUUUCAUGUGUGUUUAAUUUAAAAAAAUAAAAAUAAAGAAAAGAGAUAUUGCUACAUUCUAUUUGCCAGCAUGAAUUUUUAAUUGUGUGAAAUAAGUACAUUUUUCUCUCUAAUAAUAAUAUAUAUUAUAUAAAAAUAAUUCAUUUGUAGAUUAUUUCUUGGAGAGAUAUCACGGUUGUUUGACGUGGGACUGUACGUGUACGCUAUAGGCCGUUGAUUGUACAGUAGAAACUGUCAUAGGUGGUCAGAAAAUAAGGCUGAAUGGUAUAUGAGAAAAACUCCAAACUCAGAUAUCAAAAGAAAACUUUUCGAAAAACUUCAGAACAAAUGUCUAUUACUACUUUCAAAUCAAUCAAACAUAUUUUUUUAAACAUCUAAUCAAAGAAAGUGCUGUUUUUAUCGUAUUUGGGCUUACAUAUUUCUAGGAAUAUCAGAUUUUGGUCCAUUCUUGUAAAGUGGAUGUAUGCGAUAAAAUGCGUAGGUAAUUUUUGUAAUUGUAACGACAUAUUUUGGAAGACAAAGAGACAAUUUUCAAACUUAAAAUACGAUUCUGAUAAUGUGUUCUUGUGGCAUGUCUGAGUUAAAUAUUGUAUUUAUAUGGGAUUAGCCACAGCCAACUGCAAUGACAAUUACAUUUUUGUCUAAAAAGAUUUGACGUUUAGAUUUCCACUUCAGAAAUCUUUUUUGAAAAAAUAUUAAUAAAAAAAAAGAAAAUUGUGCUCAAAUAGAAUAUAACCGUCAAGGUGUUGAUGAGGUUAUGUUUUAUCAAAAAAUCAAACACUUGAGGGUAGUAAAAUACUUGGCCAUGAUGUUAUAGGUAACAGCCAUACUUUGGCUUAAAAAAAUAUAAGAGUUGAUGUUUUAUGCCGUAUUGUACAUCAAAUUUUGAUUAUUCUGUGUGUUUCUGAAGUUUUUCUAUAGGUUUUAGGAUUCUGUGUUUAAUAGUGUUCGUAAAUUGUGUUUGUGUAUUGUGUCUUGCAUAUGUAUUGUGUAUGAUUAAGACGAAGCAGAAUUUACAAACACUCCCAAACACAGGAUCGCAAAACUCCUAGAGAUAAUGCAAAUAAUGCAGAAACACACAGAAUAAUCGUAUUUUGAUGUACCCUAGCAUAGAACAUAAAUCAUCCACCCUCAAAUCCUUUUAGCCAAAACAUGGUUGUUACCUAUAAUACCAUGCCCAAGUACGUCAACCUCAAUUUUUUAUUUUUUGAUCAAACAUAACUUCAGCAAUACCUUGGCGGUUAUACACUCUUUUAAAGCAAUUUCUUUUCUUUAAUAAUCUAUUUUGAGAAGAUUCCCCGAGUGUAAAUUGAAAGGUCAAAUCAAAUUACGAAAAUAUAAUUGUUGUUAACUGUAACUAAUCUCAUAUACACAUAAUAUUUAACUUAAAAUAAGAAAAUACCUAGUGGUUAACUGUGUACCAUUAUAGAUAAAAACUUAUAAAGCGGUGAAUAUGUUAAAAUUACAUUGUCAUAGGGCUUUUCAUCGAUUGUCAUGUGUUUCAAGCUUCUUUCAUAUGUUGUAUAAUCUGUGUAUAAUAUUAAUAUACACGGAUUAUACGACAUUUGACAGAAGCUCGAACCAAAUGACUGUGAAUGAAAAGCCCUAUUGUUUAAAUUUGUGGAUUGUGCAGAAGACACCAGCCAACUCGAAUGGAAUGAAGGACUAUCUUCGACAGUUUUCAUAAUAUUUUAAUUUGAACAAUAAUGCAGUUAGCUACGAAUAUAGUUCGUCCGCUAUAACUUUUCCCAUGCGUCACGAUUCAUUUUCAAACAAAUUAAGUCAAAACUUAAAGUGAAACGAACGUCGAUGUGUAUAUAUAUAUUUUGUAUACCGUAUACUAUAUACUACACACAUCGGCGUACGUUUCACUUUAUGUGUUGACUUAAUUUGUUUGAAAAUGAAUCGUGAUGCAUGGGAAAAGUUAUAGCGAACGAACAAUACCUAAUACCUUCCCAGUAUAGUUUGUAGAAAUUGUUCUUUGAUUAACUAAAAUAUACAGAUUAGAUUCUUUCUUUUUUUUUAUCUUUAUCACUAAAUGCUAUAAAGUCGAAAUCAGUAAGAUAUGUUAAGUUUGGAGUUUUUUUACCCAUUAAAAGAUUAUUCUAGUUUGAGAAAAAAAGAGACCGCAAACGUCUACGGUUAGCUUGGGAAAAUGUAAAUUCCAAGAAAUAGCCUAUGAUUAUUUUAGACAAAAAAAAAAACACAUCUUUGCUACGAGUUGUACUUAUUUUUUCUUCAUUGUACAAAUUGUGUUAUAUUAAAUGGUUAAUAUUAACUGUGCUCUUUGUCCGAGAGAAAACCUUCCUUCACUGAAGCGUGUGUGUGUAUAUAAUGUGUACAAAUAUAUAUGUUAAUUCAAUGUAAUCAACAAAAUGCAUUCAAGAAACUAAGAAUCUCCAGCACCGUCGUUAUUAUUGUAAUCAAUAGUUGAAUUCGUAUCCGAUAGGUGUCGUCUCGAUGAUUCUUGACAAAUAUAUGGAGGUUUUGAAUUAGACGGGGCUGUACCGUCGCCCCGUAAGCGAUAUUAUUCUGAUUAGAUUUUUUUGCACAAAAUUGCUCUAAAGAGGUUCUUAUAACAAAUCCAUAGGGUGCCAGGCGGUGCCAUGGUCGAAAAAUUGUUUAUAAAUAUUUUUUUUUUAAAUUCACAAAAAAACAUUUUUAUUUCGAACAAUUUUUUUUUAGAUAAGUUUGGUCAUUUUGAGCAAAAAAAGGUCUCUUGUUAUUUUUCCCUAAAAUUGAUUGUUGGCGAGUUAUACGCGAUUUAAAAUUUGAAAAAUGCAAAAACGGCCAUUUUCAAGGCUUUAUAACUCGAUUAAAAAUUAUAUUAAAAAAGUCACAAAGCAAUCCAAUCAAAGCUUAAAAUCACUUCUUCAAGAUACUGAAGAAACUUUUGUCAUUAUUUUAUUACAAAGCUAUUUUUUUAAUUAUUAACAAUUAGCACUACAGUCCAAACUUUAUCGUCGAUUCGUUAGGUAAAUUAUUCCGAUUCGUUUUUUUUUGCACAAACUUACUCAGAAAGAGGUCCAUAUAACAAAUCCACAGGGUGCUGGAAGGUUCCGGUGUCGGAAAAUUGUUUAAAAAAUUUUUUUAAACAAAUUUAAAAAAUCAAUUUUUUCACUUCGUCCUUUUUUUUUAGAUUAUGUGGGUCAUUCUGAGCAAAAAAGGUUUCUUGUAAUUUUACUCUAAAAUUGAUUGUGUCGAGUUAUACGCGAUUUAAAAUUUAAAAAAUCCGAAAAUGGCUGUCUUCAAGUCUUAAUAACUCGAUUAAUAAUUAUUAUUAUGAAAGUCAGAAAUCGACCAAAUCAAAGUUUAAAACCCCUCCUUCAAGAUCUUGAAGAAAUUUUUGUCAUUAUUGUAUUACAAAGCUGUUAUUUUUAAUUAUUAACAAUUAGCGCUACAUAAUAAUAAUUUUUAACCGAGUUAUUAAGCCUUGAAAAUGACCAUGUUUGCAUUUUUCAAAUUUUAAAUCGCGUAUAAAUCGAUAACAAUCAAUUUUAGAGAAAAAUCACAAGAGACCUUUUUUGCUCAAAAGUAUCAAAAUUAUCAAAUUAUCUAAAAAAAAAUUGUUCGAAGUGAAAAUAUUAUUUUUGUGAAUUUGUUUAAAAAAAAUUGUUUAUAUAACUUUUAGACCAAAGUACCGCCUGAAACCCUGUGGAUUUGUUAUAAGGACCUAUUUUUGAAUAAGUUUGUGCAAAAAAUCUGAUCGAAAUAAUUUCACUAACGGAGGCGACGAUACAGCCUGGACAACAGCGCUAAUUGUUAAUAAUUAAAAGUAACAGCUUCGUAAUAAAAUAAUGAAAAAAAAUUCUUCAGGAUCUUGAAGGAGAGGUAGUAACCUUUGAUUUGGUCUCUUUUUGACUUUCAUAUUAAUAAUUUUUAAGUUAUUAAGCCUUGACAAUUUCCAUUUUCGCAUUUUUCAAAUUUUAAAUCGCAUAUAACUCGACAACAAUCAACUUUAGAGAAAAAUGACAAGAGUCCUUUUUUGCUUAUGGCCCAGGUUAUCUAAAACAAAAUUGUUCGAAAUGAAAAUUAUUUUUGUGAAUGUGUUUAAAAAAAAUUGUUAAAACAAUUUUUCGACCACGACACCGCCUGGCACCCUGUGGAUUUGUUAUAAGGACCUUUUUUGAGUAGGUUUGUGCAAAAAAUCGAAUCGGAAUAAUUUAGUUACGGGGGAGACGGUACAUCCCCCUCUAAAUGGUAAUGUUUUAGAUUUAGGCUGUUCCCGUGUGCUGAUAGAAAAUAAACGCUAAAAAUGUUAUAUAAUGUAUAUAAUUUACGAAAACUACUAUUAUUUUUUAAGUAAAUACCAUAUUAGAGUACGUUUAAUCAUCUAAAUAUUUUAUUUGAGUUUCUAUUUAUUUGUAUUGGCUUCAACAAUUAAAUUAGUUUCAUUGUUCCUUUUUGUAAAAAAUGCAAGUAAUUCAAUAUACAAAAACGAAAACAGUAAAUCCUUUUUUUAUUUUCUCCUAUUACCCCAACCUUUAUUGUUUUUCCGACACUGCCAUGAUUAUCAUGGUUCUGAAACUGUUUUCUCGUGGCAUGUCUAAGGUAUUCAUAAAGUAUAAAGUCAUUUGUAUAACAAGGGAGUAAAGUGCUACUUUUCCUCCCGAGCAGUAAUCAUUCAAGGGAGGAAAAGGCACUUUACUCCCAUGUUAUACAUACGGUUUCUACACCUUCCUCAAAUAACAAGUCAUUUUUUCAUUUUUACUUAAUUUAUUUAUGUAACUAACCAACAAAAUUUAUUAAAAUUAAAACUAACAAGUAGGUACAAUAUAACUGUCAACUGUCAAAUAUAAGUCAAAUUAAUAAUGUAAACAUUGUUAAAUCCAAAUAACAAUUCACUGUUUUUUACCAUUCUACAAAAUACAGGGUGUUUUAUAAAUAAACGUUAAAAUGUAUAGAUACUUACGUAAUAGAAAAUAGACAUUGUACAGGGCGUCAAUAAGUUAUAUUUCAUAAAUGAGAUACCAUGACGUCACUUUUACUUUUCCUCCCUACAAUCAGGUCCGGAAAAGUAUACUUUCGGUAGAGGUAGGUGGAAAAAUAUUUUUCCACCUACCUCUACCGAAAGUAUACUUUUCCAGACCUGAUUGUCUUUCGGUAGAGGUAGGUGGAAACAUAUUUUUCCACCUACCUCUACCGAAAGUAUACUUUUCCGGACCUGAUUGUAGGGAGCAAAGUUGUACUUUUCCUCCCCAGGGAGGAAAAUAUUUUUCCUCCCUAGAGGAAAAGUAAAAGUGACGUCAUGGUAUUUCAUUCAUGAAAUAUAACUUAUUGACGCCCUGUACAAUAUCUAUUUUCUAUUACGUAAGUGUCUAUACAUUUUAACGUUUAUUUAAAAACACUCUGUAUUUUGCAGAACGGUAAAAAACAGUAAAUUGUUAUUCUGAUUUAACAAUGUUUACAUUAAUAAUUUGACUUAUAUUUGACAGUUGACAGUUAUAUUGUACCUACUUGUUAGUUUUAGUUCUAAUAAAUUUUGUUGGUUAGUUACAUAAAUAAAUUAAAUAAAAAGGAAAAAAUGACUUGUUAUUUGAGGAAGGUGGAAAAACCAUAUGUAUAACAUGGGUGUAAAGUGCCUUUUCCUCUCUUAAAUGAUUACUGCCCUCAGCUACGCGUCGGGCAGUAAACUUCAUUCUCGGGAGGAAAAGUAACACUUUCCUCCCUUGUUAUACAAAUAGCUAUUUUUUUUUGUUUUCUGGCCUUGGUUCAAAACCUUUAGCCACGUAAUUACAUAUAAAUGUUAGUACUCAUUCAUACCAAAUUGUGUUUAUAUGAGAUUAAGCCACAAUUGAUUGUAAUGAUAAUGACAUUUUUAAACAAUGAUUUUCGUGUCGAUUUUCACUGCCAAAAUCGUUUACAAAAAAAAUUAUUUUAGAAAUUCUGCAAAAAUCACCAACAUAUUGUAAGGAGGUAUUUGACAAUAAAAAAUAAUGCGACGCAAAUUGCCUUUAUUUUCUCUCUUUUUGUAUGUUAUAUAAGAAAACUAACACGUUAAUUAAGGAACACAAUUAUAAAUUAUUUUGCUCAAACCUUAUUUGAUGAAAAAUUCUAAUUUUGUUUUGAUAAAGUUUGAAAAUAGGUAUAUAUUGAUCUUGUUCGUUUAUCAUAUUUACUUCUUCCACCUUUACGUUGUAUCUUCUACUUUUUUCUAUCCACCUUCUACCUUUUUACUUCUUUAGAUCUUGCUAGUACGAACUUAUGUAUCAUCUAACUUCUUUCUUUUCUUCAUUAUCUUAUAUUGUUUAAAUUCUUAUUCAGAGACCAUAGAUCAAUCAUUUACUAUACUUACUGUCAUUUUGUCCCAAUUUGUUGUUUGUUGAGCUUUCUCGUCAUAUUGAGUAAUAUCAUCAAAAAUCGUUCACCUGCUUCUUUUUACUACCCGAAGACUCAUUUUUGCAGAAGAUAUAAAAUGCAACGACUACAUUACAAAACAUGUGAAGCUGUUUACGAGAACUAAUAUGAUUUUGCAAAUUUUAGUUAUAAAUAUACUGAUACAUGGCCAGAAUGAACGGAAAAGCGAAACAUGAACAAAUAAAAGCCCCAAUGUCCAGAUCAGUAAACACAUGAACCAAACACAUGACAGAUUCAAUGGGAAUACCCACGAAGCAUAGAAGAAAAGUAUCUCUACUUCUUGACUAGAAAAUCAAAGAAGAUAAUAGAGGGUGUAAAAACCUUCAUUGCAUUUUACGUCUGUUUAUUAUAGUUUUAUGGUAUCUUGAUUAUUCUUAAAUCAUUUAUUAUUAAAUAUGUGUUUUUGUUGCACUUGCAUACAUUGUCAAAAAGAUAAUACAACAUAACCUAACAGAACCCAUAAUUUAAGCAUUAAUAUUGAGUUUAUUCUAUAUACUUAGAUUUAAUGAUUUCGGAUAAAAAUAUCACAAAAUAGAACAUUUUAAGCGUCUAUUUCAAUUGCAAUUGAAUCACGAGAGAACACCAACGGAUCAUUUAGAGAAAAAUUUUAAAAAGUGUUUUACUCAGACAUGGAGUUUGAAUGAAUGAUUCUGUUGUAUGCCAGGGCGUUAUAUUAUAUAUCUAAUCUUAUUAAAAAUUCUGUAAAUUUACUCUUAUAAUAUAUUAUAUACAUAUAAUUAUGGUAUAGUUAAUUAUUAGAUAAUAUCUCAACAACUAUCGGAAAAACCUUAGAGAAUAUCAAAAAAAAAUCCAUAUGACGUCCCUUAACUUUUAUACAAAACUGUACAACCUUGCUUUAGAUCCUUUCUAAGACUAUUGUUAACGAUGUUUAUGUGCAAUCAUGUUAUUUUAAGUGACUGAACUUUAUGCUUAAAAAUAUUUAUAUUGUCGAAAUUUUUUCAAGGUUUUAGUGUUGGUAUAGUCGUGUAUUCGAAUGUUAUUUCGUUAUUUGGCUUCAGUCUCGAGAAAGUAAUAUUUUACACUCACAAAUAUCAGGCCCAAUGGUAAACAUAUUUAAGAAAAUAGAAUAUCUCGCGCUGGUAACUACUUUUCUAGUUGUUAGUAAGUCAAAAAAGCAAAAUCAACAAAAUCAAAGAAUUUUAUAUAAAUUAACUUUGGAGAUGGUACAUCAAAAACGAAAUAAUAGGUUUCGUUCGUUUGUUAAGUAAUAUUAAGCCUUUCCGACCCGAUUUUUUGUCCAGAAAUAAAAAUUAUUUCUCUUCUUUGACGUUUUAAUGAAAACUUGAAAGCUAAAAGAAGACGGCUGCCGUUUUUGAUUGAUUUUUGUGACAUAAAAUGUGUUUUUGGCAAUAUGUCCAUUAUAUUGGACAUCAGUACUGUAAUAUGCAUAUUAAAAUUUUAUACAUUUUUAUAUUGACCCGAAUAGAAACAUCCAGAAUUUAAAAAAUGGUGUUGUCAAUACAGUAUAAUUUUAGAUAAAAUGAAACUCUUUAAAACAAUGUAUCUGCUUUAUAAAGCAUAAAAGUACAUCGUACUUUGGAAAAAGUACUUAAAUUUAACUUUCACGACAUUAAUACUUGCACUAGUGUCUUGUUUUCAUUUUCAUAUUCAAAAUAGGAUAAGAUCAACCAUACUUUUUUAAUUUCUCUGCUCGGUUUUAUUUCUAGGUACAAGGAAUUUUCGUAUGACUUUUGGACUAUCUUUUUAGGACCGUUUGGAAUGAAACCUGAAAUAGUAUAAUAUCAGCUUCUACAAUCUAGUAACGAUGAUAAAUAAUCCAUUAUUUUUCGUUAUCUUAGUUUAAAAUACAAACCUAUAUCAGUCUUUGUGGACGUUGUAAAAUUAUUCAAUAUUUUUACUAUCGCGAGUAUACAUUUUAUAUGAACUACACUCGCGAUCAUAAAAAGCGGGUCACUCGAUGAGUUAUUCAAGUUAGAUUUCUCGAAUUUUCUAAACCUGUUGUCCAAUUUGAGUGAUUUUUUAGUAUGUUAUAGCCUUAUUCUUUAACAAUAUCUCCAUAAUAAUAUUGUUGCUAGACAGGUAAAUUAUCAUUGUAUACCGGGUGUAACAGUCAUACUGUGUUUAUUCCUCAAAGUUCGAAACACUCCGUGGAAUGUUUUAUCAUAGAUAAAAUAUUGAAAUUAAAACUCGAUUGUAGCCUUAGGCUUUCUUAACAUAUUCUUUUUUUAUUUAUUUGUUUAUGUUGGAUAAUAAAAAAGUAAGGCACCUUAACAACUAACCAUGUUUUUCAUCAAUAUAGGGUGUUUCUAAAUAAGUGCGACAACUUUAAGGGGCAAUUCUGCAUGAAAAAAUAAUGACCGUUUGCUUUAUAAACGUAUGACCGCCAAUUCUUCGGUUUCGAGAUACGGGAUGUUGAAAUUUUUCUUACAAACUGACGAUUUAUUUAUUGCUCUAAAACCGGUUGAGAUAUGCAAAUGAAAUUUGGUAGACGUUAAGAGGUAGUUAUGGCGCAUUUUUUGACAUACAAUUAAGAAUUUUAUAUUCACCAUUGGCGUGCAUACGGGAUGUAUCUAAAAUGUUUAUACCCGUAUGCACGCCAAUGGUGAAUAUAGAAUUAUUAAUUGUAUGUCAUAAAAUCCACAAUAGCUGCCUCUUAAAACCUACCAAAUUUCAUUUGCAUAUCUCUAUUGGUUUUAGAGCAAUAAAUAAAUCGUCAGUUUGUAAGAAAAAUUUUAACAUCCCGUAUCUCGGAAACGAAGCAUUUGCGGACAUGUGUUUAUAAAGCAAACUGUCAUUAUUUUUUCAUACAAAAUUACCCCUUAAAGUUUGUCGCACUUAUUUAGAAACACCCUGUAUUGAUGAAGAACAUGGCUAGUUAUUAACGUGCUUAAUUUUUUUAUUAUCCAACAUAAACAAAUAAAUCAAAAAAGAAAAGGUUAAGAGAGCCUAAGGCUACAAUUUAGUUUUAAUUUCAAUAUUUUAUCUAUGCUAAAACAUUCCACAUGGUAUUCCGAACUUUUAGGAAUAAACACAGUAUGAUUGUUACACCCGGUAUACAAUGACAUUUUACGGGUCUAGCAACAAUAUUAUUAUAGCGAUAUUGCUAAAGAAUAAGGCUAUAACAUACUAAAAAAAUCACUCAAAUCGGACAACAGAUUUAGAAAAUUCGAGACAUCUAACUUGAAUAACUCAUCGAGUGACCCGCUCUUUAUAAUCGCGAGUGUAUUAUUAAAAGGGUGACGAAACAUAUGAAACAUAACUUGAAAGCUGAAAGAGGGCGGUUGCCGUUUUUGUUUAAUUUUUGUGACAUAAAAUGUGUUUUUCGUAAGAUGUCCAUUAUAUUGGACAUCAGUACUGUAAUAUACGUAUUAAAAUUUUGGUUAAAAUAUUAUUAUGCUUAUACUAAAUUUACAAUCAAAAUUCAGUAGAAAUAAACACACCAAGACACGUUAAAUGCUACUAGGAGCACUCCCGAAUCAUAAUUUACAAUGUAUAAACUUUGGAAAUCAUGAUUUGGGAUUUACAAUGUAUAUACAUUGUAAAUUAUGAUUCGGGAGUGCUCCUAGUAGCAUCUAGCGUGUCUUGGUUUGUUUAUUUCUACUGCAGCUUGAUUGUAAAUUUAGUAUAGUUGUUCUGAACAUAUAAGAAAAUCAGACAUUAGAUGUAAAGGCAAUAUUUGGUACAAACAUUUCUUAUUAGUAUUUUAUAAUUUUUUGUCUAUUUCAAUGGACAUUUGGUCUGAAAGGGUACGGAUAUUGAAAUACUUUUUAUAGAAAUGUAUAAAACAAUUGGUUUAUUAAGAGAAAAAUCCAAACAAAAACUUUGUAUCCUUACACGAGGUUAUCAAAAAUAAUAUGAAUUGUUUCUAUAUACGUAUUCGUCGUAUAGGUACUGAAGUCUAUUAUACAUAGGUAGGUACAUUUAAAAGAAAGGUAAAAUGAUUCUAAAAUCAAUAGAAUUACAUUUAAAAAAAAUACUGUUGGGAUGAUAUUGUAAGAAUAAAAUAGAGUUGUACAUAGUUUUUUUUUAGUAUUGUAAAAGUCAAAAGAUGUUUUGAUUUCACUUAAUAAAGUUUGUUUAAGUACUAAAUGUUUGAAGUCAUUUCACAACAAAAUUACCUAUAACUUUUGUACUUAUAUAAGUACAAAAAAAUAUUUAAUACUUAAGGAAAGAUGUUUAGGUACCAAGAAACAAGACAUUCUUGUUUGUAUCAAAACAUAUUUUGUCUCUUACAAACCAGAUCAUAAAAAUGUAUUUCUCGAAUACGUGGAGUUCGCAUGAAUUUUUGUGUUUGUAUUUCUUGAUCAAUGCAGACAUUUCUGAUAAACAUAAAAUUCGUUUGAUUUUUUAAGCGAAAAGACGGGAUUCAUUUGAGAGAUGAAAUUCACUUAAAAUUGUAUUUUAUGCUCCUUAUUUUUUACAUGAUGCAUAUUAUCAUUUAUUUAAAGCCUCACUAAUAUAAAAUUGUUGUUUUCUCCGUUUUUUAAAUUAAUCGUUAAAAUUCAAUGUUUUCACAUAUUUUUCCCCUAGUGGAACUCGAGUCUAUUUGCCGAAUUAUUUGUAGUGGACUCAACUAAUGAAUGGAAUUGAAAAAUAUUCAGGAACGAAAAUUGCCAACACUAUGCCAUAUACGACAUGAUGUAUUAAAGUUUGGGACAGUUUGUUUUCGUUUUGAAUUUUGUUUUAAAUUAUAUUUAGAUGUGUAAGGCUAAUCACACUAUUUUAGCGUCAUCAUACAAUUGUUCUCAUAUUUAACCACUACCUCUCACUUGUAUAUAUAUCUACAAUUGUAGCAUUAUAUUUGUUUUUAUUAUAUUUUUUUUAUUUCGA